CUAUCUACACUGCUGGAGAUUGUUUUUACGACGAUUAUUAUGAUGAGGACGAAUUAGUGGGCGAAUUUUGUGAUAAUUUGGUAACUCAGACAAAGAGAAAUAGACCCGAGUUUGUCAAUUACGCUAAGACAGCAAAAAGAAUCGAUGUUAAUUGA